CGGGGGAGGAGAACAGAAUAGCCCUCAGUGAAUGGCGGAUACCGCAACGAUAUGUCUUGAGUGAUCGGCUUUACGUUAUGAGUGAAAACGAAAAUGCUACCUCCACCGCGAAAGGUCAAACCAACCGUUGCCUUGAAACACAUUCACUCUGAACAAGUGGCCAAACUCCAAGCUAAACACCAACAAGAAUGUGAUCUACUGGAAGAUAUAAGGUCGUUCAGUCUACAGCGGUCCAAAUUGGAGAAAGAAUAUGCUCAGGGAUUGUUGAAGCUGUCGAGUCAACUGCUCAAGAGGGAAUUCCCGUCACAGCCUGACAUCAUCAGUGAAGAUGGACUGGAACACAACUACUCGGACGGAAGGACUGCCUGUACCGUGUGGCACCAGAUCCUGGAGGAGACAGAGAAGGUGGCCAAGGCCCGACUCCAGGCGGCAGAGAUCUUCAUGGAGAAGAUAGCAGAGUCGGCCAAGCCUCUCAAAGUGGCCAAAGUCCAUAGCAUGAAGAAGGUGGCGCCGCAGUUGUCGACAAUACAGACGGAGCUGGGGCAGACGGUGUUGGAAAUGACCAAGUGUCAGAAGGCGUACAACGUGGAUGAGACCUACUCACAUGAGGCCCGGCAGAAGGCUGGGGAUGCAGAAGACAAAUUGAAAAGGAAAUCAACGGGUUUGUUCCAGUCCCUUGCUAGUCUGCAGAAGCAGUGUUCGAAGUUAAAAAGUCGGUACGAUGCGUGCGAGGUGAAGUCCACGGCGUCACGGAAUGACUACAUCCUGGCGCUGUCAGCGGCCAACGCCCACCAAAUCCGCUACUACAGCACCGACAUGCCGGAUCUCACCAAGGGUCAGGACACUGUGGAUGGGGAGGUGUAUGAGAAGAUACAGGAGUACUUCAGCCUGCUGGGGAGCACCGUCGUUGAGAUCAGCCAAGCCGAGGCCAACAGCUUUGAAAAUGUCGUCAAUGAAUCUGCAAAGAUCAGCCGAGCGUUCAGCCUGCAGUGCUUCCUGUUCUGCAACCCAGUGUUCACGGAUCUGGUGCAGUAUCAGUUUGAACCCUGCCAUAAUGACCAGUGCAGCAAGGCCAGCGGAGACCACAAUGCCAUGCCAGACUUGGAGAAGGAAGCCAAAAAAUGGGCAGCAAAAGUUGCUAAGGAAACCAAAUCAAUUCGAGAAUACCACAGGAUCCUAAAAUGUUUACAGACACAGGGGUCAGACAGGGUGUCGGACUCAGGGAUCGAGUCAAACUCCACGACGGCCAGCAGUUCUACCCAGGAUCCCGAGGUCAAGAUGGAGGAGAUGCGCCAGAACAUUCGUAAAGCGGAGACAGGCAAGAUGAAGGCUGAAGCUCGGCUAGAGGCUCUGCGAAGUGCAGGAAUCAACGUGGAUGAGUAUUUGAGCAAUGCCCAGAGUGAGAGUCUGGGGACCGAUGACAUCUGCAUGGCCCGCACACCCAGUCAGAUGUCACUGCGGACAGAGAGCUCCGGCGGGCACAGUGCCGAUGACCACGAACCCACAUACACACAUUACGAUGAUGAUGACGACUUCAUCGAUGAUGCCUUCAACACGACGACGGGGCAGAGUACGACUCAGGAUCCCACCAGGAAAUAUCCACUCAAGUGCAAUGCCCUCUACGAGUUCCAAGCCAGUAAUUAUGACGAGCUGACAAUUGCAGCCAAUGAGGAGUUAGAGCUGGUUGCCGACGGUGAUGGGGAAGGAUGGGUAAAGGCCAGAAGCUCAUCAGGAAAGACAGGCUACAUUCCAGAGAAUUACGUUACUUUUGACGGAGAGGGACAGCCGAAUGGGUCGGUGGCACAGGGCGACGCCCCUUCACUGCCAGUUUCUGCAGGAAGUGCCCCGCCCCCUCCCCCGCCCCCAGCCUCCUCCGAGCCUAUGUCGCCGACAUCGAUCAAUGACAACCAGCAUGACACGACGUCCUCGUACUCAUCAGGUGACCUUGAGGUUCAGCAGACAACCGAGGAAAUGGCGGUGGACAAUGUCCAACCAGGGCUCGGAGAUGCCAUGUGGGCACGCGCGCUGUAUGACUACGUGGCCCAGGACAGCGAGGAAAUCAGCUUCGCAGAGGGGUCACUGAUCAAGGUCAUCCGCAAGGACAACGAUGGAGUGGACGACGGCUACUGGGAGGGGGAGUUCAACGGCAACUCCGGUCUCUUCCCGUCGAUGGUGGUCGAGGAACUCACAGCAGAUCAGGAAGUGAUGUCACCCGGUGUUGACUAUGUACCACCACCCCCGGUUACCGUUACCAUGCCAACGCCUGAUGCAGAGCUUCCACCACCCCCUGUUACCAAUGGCGAUGGGCGCAUGGUGUUUUGGAAUAUGUAUUCAGCAACUGAGCCAAUUUCUGACAACAGCACACCUGAACAGAAUUAUAAGAAAGUUCGGUUCAGCAACAACCACAUGGUACCGACGGACGUCCUGCAGCCACACUACCCCCUACACACGCAGUGGGAGGACUCCGAAGAGGAGGGGGAGGAGUCUGUUGUCUGACACCAGUUGUCAUAGCAACAGGAUUGUUACCUUGCCAUCCUUUCAGGAAGUCCACACUGGUUGCCUUGACAACCAAUCUGUUACCACACAGUGACUAUGAACUCGAUGAGCAGUUGCAGGGCAACUGUGAAGGAUCAUUUCAAAAUAUUCGCUGAUUGUCAUAGCAACAGAUGGUUACCAUAGCAACAUGUGUUGAGGGAGGAAUUGAUCUGUUUCAUUACACUGGCUUGGGGAAGAAGGUAUUGUAGGUGGUUGAUGAACUGACAUUAUCACCAUGGAAACCGAUCUGGCUGUGUAAUGCAGGUUUUCUUCACCAUGGAGUAUAUUGUAGUCAUAGCAACCAGUAGCACACCUAGGCAUUAUAUAUACGAUAGACAUCUGACCUGUCAUCAUGUCAUCUGUAGUGAAAACCAAUGAGGGAGUAUGAUAGAGUUGAUCACACUGUUGCUAGGCAACUGAGAUGGUAUAUGCAGUUAGCCUACAUUUGGUAGCUGGACUACUGUGGACAAAGUGUGCCAGGGGAGGCGUAGACGUUGCGUAGACGUUGCGUAGAUGUUGCGUAGACAUUGCUUAGGUACAGAGCAGCCAUGACAAGGCUACAUUUCAGUUGAUGUACCGUUUUGUUUCACAAGCGUUGACAUGAUAUACUUCGGCACAAGUCUUCACCAGCCCUAGCCUCACACGUGCUGCCCCAGGACAGCACACGCCAGGAAGCACACAUCUCCACACGAGUCACGUGACAGUACUCAGUGGUCAGGAUGCAUGUAUGGACAGGAAGUAGUACUCUGCACAUGCUCACAAGCGGAGGAGCUGAAGGGGAUGGACGUCUGUUGACCAGCUAGAGCCGUCUGUAGAAGAUCGCCAUACAAGGGCAUUGACACGCAGCAGGGAAUAUGAUUUAGUCAGGAAGGAUGACACUAUUGUACACACAUAGCAAUUUGUUGAAAUGUUACUCUACCCACAAACAGUGCAUUACGAUUGAUACCGCAUAGAGUGGUUGUUAUGCCAAGGUUUGUGUUAAGUGAUGGGGUGUAACAAUACAAUGUUACAAUGCACUGUGUUACAGGACACUGUUACAGAAUAUAUUGAUAGAAAUUAGUUAAAAUACGUAGCACGAUAAAAUUUUCAAUUGGUAGAAACAUAAUGAACAAGUCCUAUGACAAUGUGUUCAUGUUAAAUUGUAAGAAGUAUGAAAUAAUAAGACGGUUAAUACACUACAUUUUGCUGAAUGUAUUUAAUGUUAUUCCUGGAUCAAUCGUCCCUUCAUUCAAGUAGCUCGAUACAGGGGGGUGUAUCAGAUUUCAUUCAGGGACUGGUGUCAUGCAUUCAUCUAGGAUGUUGCACCCCUGACAAAUCAGCUGUUACAUUUACAUACCGGUAACUUGUAUAUAUUAUGUAUUGGUAUUAUAUGUCAUACAUCCUGUCUUGUAAAAAUACCAACAUGGAAUUCUGUUUGAAAGGACCAGGGCCAUUUCCACAAAGCAAACUUAGCGCUAAGUCGAUCAUAACUCCCAAACUUUAACAUAGACCUACGACAGUUGUAGCACUAAGAUUAUCGUAACUCCCAAACUUUAACAUAAACUUACAACAGUUGUAGCACUAAGAUUAUCAUAACUCCCAAAGUUUAACAUAAACUUUCAACAGUUGUAGCACUGAGAUGAUCAUUACUCCCAAACUUUAACAUAGACUUACGACAGUCGUAGCACUAAGGCAAUCGUAACUCCCAAACUUUAACAAAGACUUACGACAGUUGUAGCGCUAGUAUUGCUUUGUGCAAUGGGCCCCAGACUUAUAAAGAUGUAUUUUUCCCGUUCCUUUGAAAUGUGGAGGUACAGGGUCACAGUGCUGGGGAUGAAGGGAGAGAGAUGUCUGUAAACCGGGUUGCUGCAAGCUCCACGAUGCUGGCAUGAUGUACAGCAAUUUGCGUCAGAACUUGAAAUUUCUGCAGCAUAAUAAAUUUUUAAUUCCAUUUUAUCACAUCCAGAUUUUACAAAUUUCUAUGAAAUUUGUUAUUUUAGGUCGUCACAAUCCUCAGUCCAUCAGUCCUAGUUUCCCGGACUGCUACAGGUGUGGGGUACAGGGGAGGGGGAGGGGGAGGGAAGUCCUCGUGCUCUGAAGCAGCCAGAAGGGGGGCACGUUACACAUGAUGUUAACAAUUUUGUGACAUUCAAACAGAAAAGGGAUCACUUUGUUCCUACCUCAUUUGUUUCCAAAUCUAAACUUGACUUACGUUGGACUUCACCACAGGUUAGCUGCUUGCACUGGAAGGAUGUACAUGUUUGUUCAGCGGGACGUGUUGUUUGAAGCAGACAUAAAAUCUGUGUGUAUUCCCCAGUGUUGAGGAGGGCCAUGUGGGCCUCCCACCUGCGUGUGACCCUUGUAUAGAAGUAGAGCUCUGUAUAUAGAUGUAUACUGUGUAUAUGCAUAAUAACUACACAGGUAGACUGCAGAUUAAGGUCGUACAUGGGGGUUCUACCUGGAUCUACCUGGCCGUUAUUGUGGAUAUGCUCCAACAGGUAACUAACUUGCUAUUGUUUAUCAAAUAUCAAAAGACAAAAAUAUUUUUAAUUUGUUCCGUCUGAAGAUUAAUUGUUGAAAAUAGUUUUAAUUAAUAAUUUGUUCUUAGUGAGGAGACAUGAAGCCUUAAUGAAUUUGACCACAGAUUUGUUACAUUUAACGCAUCUUGAACUGUGUGUGAAAUGUUUUUGGAAUCAUUAAGUAGAAACAAGUGAGAGAUGAUGUGAAGGGCAGGAUAUGGUGGUGUAACCCUGUGUGGAGUUUGAGAGGCAGGCCAUGUGUGGAGCCCCUGUGUAUGAUGGCCUUGACCUUGGCAGGUAUUGUGAUAUGACUAUUGUAUUGGGUGUUGGUAAAAGUGGAAUCCAGAAGUCUGUGAUUUGAAGUUGGAGGAAAGGACUGAGUACUCUUGGAGAAUGUAAUACCAUGAUUUGUUUGUCUAUAAUAUCGACUUGCUUCCUAAAUUAUUCCAUUUAUCUUAUUUGGUGUCUUUGGGUGAACUUAAUUCAUGUAUCCAGUUUCUUUUUCACCUGAAUCUUCCCGUGCACACUGACAGUGUCUUUUGUGGUCUAUGGUCCUGGAAUGUGUACCUUAUCAUGAAAAUCUCAGAAUGCCAAAUGCGACUUUUAUCCCAUUUUGCCAGGAAAUAUACAAUCAAUGAAACCUCCUCAUCUUAUGUUUGAGAUGAUGUGUAGGUGUAGCCUAGGAGUCGGGUACACUCAACUCCACAUAUGUCAACUCAAAGGGGCCGACAAUAGCUGUUUGUUAUUCGCCCCAUUAAUUUUUUUUUUAUAGACUAGAAUAAAUAGCCAAUAACUAGGGCGUUGUUCAAACUUUCACAAGUUGUCCGAUGGCCUGGCUAUGUUGCUUGUUACAAUGGAGGAAACAGAAGCUGAUGUGCGGGGAUGGAUUCUAUACCUCCAGGUUACCCUUACAGGGGACUACAUGACUACACCAAUUCUAGGUAGUUAUGAAUCAAGUCUGGAAAUGUACAUCUUCCCGAGGCAAGAGAGUUAACUGACUUUAAAAGUCCAGUUUCCACCCUUGCCGAACUAGGCUGGAAUUACUGGGCUCGAUCGUAGUGCCACCAGUGGCUAUUACCAAUUAUGUCCCUUCUUAGCCUCUCCUAAGGACCAAUCGGAUUCCACCUCUCGUAUCACUUGCGUUUGCUACACAAAAUGGUUGCGCCCGGUCAGGACGAUCUGAUCGAUAAUCAAUAUCUAUAUUGUGAUAAAACGUGUCUUACAUGGCGAAAUGCAUCAAAUCACGUGAGCACCUUGAUUAAAAACAUGAGAAGAUUUUGAAAAUAUCUGCUGACAACGAGUUGGUGGUGCAUAUGCUUUGCAAAUCCUGCAAUCGACCGAAAUCUGCACGACAGUUUACGAACCGGAUUUCAAUUUUGGUGCGCAAAUUUGAUUGGACUAUGCAUAGACUCGUUAGUCCAGCCAAAAUGUAACUCCAUAAUACCAGCCUAGUUCGGCAAGGGUGGAAACUGGACUUUUAUAGUCAGUUAACUCACUUGCCUCGGGAAAAUGGGAAAUGUUCUGAUACUAAAUGUCUACCCAAAUAAGUCACCUCUGGGGGGUGUGAGAUGAGAAGCCACAGGGAUCUUUCUGAAAGUGUAUCUCAAGUUUACCGUUCAUGGAGUUACUGAAGUCAGCCAUUGUUAGCGAUAUGGAUCCUUGUAAAUGUUUGCGAUGUCCAACCUCAUGUAUCCAGUGUCAUCCUGAUUUCUGCAGAGGUUAGAGUCCGUCAAGGCCCUGUGUUGGGUUCAUGUCCCGCGGCCGACAUUGCAGAUGGUGUGUAUAUAGUGACUUGUACAGACUGUAUAGACUGCUGUCGUUGGACUAGUGUUGUGCUUCUGUGUUGUGCUAGAUGAUGUUUACGACUGUACUAGCUUGCCACAGUGCUAGUUGCUCAGAGUAGCUGGUCUAGCUAGCUUGUCGUAGGUAGUCUUCAAGAAAGCAUGUUUACAGUUUUAGGUAGUUGUUGAGAAAGUAGGUUUCUGGACAUGGACGCAGUCAUCAGGAAAGUAGGUUUAUUGACACUGAUACAGUCAUCAGGUAAGUAGUAUUAUGGACAUGGAUGCAGUGGUCAGGAAUGUAGUAUUAUGGACAUUGACACAGUCAUUAGGAAAGUAGUAUUAUGGACUUGGAUGCAGUCGUCAGGAAAUUAGGAUUAUGGACAUUGACACAGUCAUCGGGAAAGUAGGAUUAUGGACAUGGACGCGGUCAUCGGGAAAGUAAGAUUAUGGACAUUGACAGUCAUCAGGAAAGUAGGAUUAUGGACAUUGACAGUCAUCAGGAAAGUAGGAUUAUGGACAUUGACAGUCAUCUUGAAAGUAGGAUUAUGGACAUUGACAGUCAUCUGGAAAGUAGGAUUGUGGACAUGGAUGCAGUCAUCUGAAAAGUAGGAUUAUUGACAUUGACAGUCAUCAGGAAAGUAGGAUUAUGGACAUUGACAGUCAUCGGGAAAGUAGGAUUGUGGACAUGGACGCGGUCAUCUGGAAAGUAGGAUUUUGGACAUGGACGCAGUCAUCAGGAAAGUAGGAUUAUGGACAUUGACAGUCAUCAGGAAAGUAGGAUUAUGGACAUUGACAGUCAUCAGGAAAGUAGGAUUAUGGACAUUGAUAGUCAUCAGGAAAGUAGGAUUAUGGACAUUGACAGUCAUCGGGAAAGUAGGAUUGUGGACAUUGACAGUCAUCUGGAAAGUAGGAUUAUGGACAUGGACGCAGUCAUCAGGAAAGUAGGAUUAUUGACAUUGAUGAACCAGACUGUUCGACAAUAAUUCUGAUGGCUCAUGGAGUUGGUUGAGUGGGUAGCCUAAUUGAAAGAGUGUUAGCUUGGCACCAGAAUACCAGUUUUAUUACCAAACAUGGGUACACAUUGUGAAUCUGGUUCCUCUCUCCCUGCUUGGCAGUUGUGUUGCUCACUCUACUCACUCACUCACUGCAUCAGCUGAUCGCCCAUGGAGGAUGACUCUGUGAGGUUUCAGGUUGGAGUUAUUCCGAAGGUGAUGAUGAUAUAGCAUGGAAUCUGUAGUAAAACACAUGUUGGAUUAGAUGUUACAGAGUCACAAUGGUAGCUCCUCGUAUGACCUUUCAUGAACGUUUCUCACAUUCUCACUUCACCAUUGUAUUUCAAACUAUUUGUUCAUCUGUGAGCAUGUAUUGAAACAGUCUUAACAGGAACUACAUACCUGCUUAAGAACCAAUCAUUUGAUCUUGAGGGCAAGUUUACCAGGAAUUGAGGGUAGGGCUACGAAGACUUUACCCAGGAACAAGGUUCAAAGAAAUUUGACCUUGACAAACUCUUUUUACGUGUAAUUGAUGCAGAAAGAAUUCUCAUUUGACUGGUAAAACAUUUUGUUGACAGAAUAAUUAAAAAAAGCAAUUUUGAACAAUGAUCUGAGCUCAUCUUGAAGAAAUUGAUGGUUUUCCCUUGCAGAGCAAACAGUGGCUGUGUUGAUCUCAGGUCUGGUGGGAGAUGUCUACUAUUUCCAUCAUUUACCCUUGCAUCAAACAAAUGCAUUUAUCAAUCUGUGCAAUAUUUUUCAUAAUGUUGAUUUUCUACAUCUCUUUUUAAUUUGAAAAAUGAUAUUUUCAGAUUUAGAAUCUUGUCUCCUAGUGAGCCUCAUUGCCUCCUUUGUAUAAGUACCCUUUAGUCCUCCCGAGUAUAAGGCCACCCAGGUUCCAUAGAUACAUAUACCGACUGGGCUUAUUCCCAAGACAAAAUGCUAUGCUGUGAACAAAGGUUAAGAGAAUCUUGUCCAGAGUGGUCUUCUGAGUGCCCUGUGGACACUACAAGGCCAUGCUGGCCCAACCCACUUUGAUAUAUACAUCUACCGGGCUUACUCCAACCAACCGGGCUUACUCCCCAGAGAAAUGUCCUUGUCUUUAUUCUCGAUAUUGAAAGGCCACAAGCAGGUAGUACAAGGAGAAUGUCCAUGGGAACACUUCCAAGACAAGAACUAGUCUAAACUGCAUGGCCACACCUAGUUACCAGAAACAGGCUCUUACAACAUGGUUUAAUGUGAAACUACCAUCACUGAUGGUUGAGCGAGAUGUGUUAACUAGGACAUAAUCUGGUGUAUUGUAUUCUGAUUCGUGUUAUAUGUCACUCAACGUUUGAUAGGAAUACUGAAUAAAUGAAUAAUAGAAUAUCCUUAUCAAAAGUUGAGUAGUAUGUUAUUUACUGAUAAUUCAGUCUUUAAAAUGUGCUUGUUUUUCUUUAUUUUGUUUUGUUGAUUGUUUUGAAUUUUGCCAACAAUAUGUUGGUAAAUAGUUGGUACUUGCAUUUUAGGUUUUAAUAUAUUUGUGGUGAGUGGAAGAAGGUUAUCACACAUGAUACAUCUGAAGCCAGGGAAUGGAGACGGGCCUAUUUGUUAUGUUGACAUUCUGUUGCUCAAGUCUUGUUCUGUUUGAACCAAAUCCAUAUGUGUAUUUUACUUGUUACACAAUAUUUAGCAGUUUGGAUUUGCGACAUUUUCAUUUUCAAUCAACUAGAAACUUGAUACAUGCGGGAUUCAUUUUAAUAUAUGUUUAUGGUCUGAGUAUGUUAUAAGCACAAGGCUCAUGCUGCUGCUUUAGCCUCAUUCAGGGCCAGUAUCUCAUCUGUUCCCUCCCUGAUUAUGGAUCUCAGCUAAUGUAUAACACAUGUUAUCCCCUUGAGUUGUCUUCAAGGAAGUGCAAAUGCCAGUGUUUCUUCAUUCUGCUCCUUUGACCAUAUUUGGCAGCAUCAGUUGACCUGCAUUUCCCCAGCUUCAGUAAACAAGUUUAGGGCUAGGCUACACUGAGCUACUGUACAACCAGCCCUGCUGUGAAGACAUUAAACACUAUCCACCUGCAUGGUGCAUUUUCAGAAUUCAUUUUUCUUAUUUAUAUAAUCUUAUGGACAAUACUGAGUCCGCCUUGUCUCUUGUGAGUUAUUUACACAUAUGCCAUGAUAUACCUUACUCUCACCCUUCGUGCCAUCCUCCCCAAUCAGGGGAAACAACCUCUCACUGCUGUCCUAAGUACCCUGGCAGAUAUAUGUUAAGACUGGAAGCUCAUACUGAGCUGUAUCUGUGGCCAUUUUUCAUCCAUAUUUGAAGCAUAUCAAAAUAGCUUGUGUCAAUCUAUUUGCAGAAUUUCAUUUGAAAUGACAGUUUGAAUUAUAUUAUGUGUUGUUGAUAUUUUGGAUUUAUUGAAACCAUUUGGAUAUUGUUCAUGUUCUAUAAUAAUUUAGACUCCAAUGCCACAGAUUUCUCAUGUUUACAAUCUCAUUUAAAUCGGAUCAUAGUUCUCACUACAGCUAGCGAGAACUAAAAUCUGAUUUGAAUGAGAUUGUCAUAUUUAUUAAAUCUGAAUACAUGGUUGAGGCUGUGCCAGCGAGAGUUGUUUCCCUUGGCGGUGGAUAUGGCGUCAUAUACCAGUGAUGUCUUGUAUCCAAUGUGUACGUUCUAUCCGCGGCCAGCAGCCCACUAUAGCAAUACACUACAAUGUACAACAAUGUUCCAGCAUUGUCUAUGCACCACAAUCGUUAACCAUGUAACUAUGCAUGUGUGGUUCCUAUACAUAUUUCAAUAUUCUAUAUAGUAGGAUUACCUCGGUGUUGUGGCGGUGCAUUCGUUAUUUGUCAAUUUGUCAAUUUGUCAUGUGCUAUAAAUAAAAGAAAUACACAAAUUA